AUGUCGCUUUUUAAUGGGCAAUGUGCGGGUGUAAACCCACCUAUGCCAUCUCCAUCACCGUUGCAGACAUCUUCUACGAUGAGACGUUCACCGGGUGCUUAUUCUGCCUCCAUCGUCACCAAAUGUGGUGGGGCGCAAUUCACCAAGGAGGAGAAUCGAACUUUACGAACCAAGUACGAUGACAUGACCAUGUAUGGAAGAGGAGGAUGUAGAGGAUCCUCUACCUACAGUAGGAGAAUAGCAAGCUCAUCUCAGGAAUUCGCCACGAGGUACUGGAGAGGGAGAAGAUAA